AUGCCUCGGGGACAUCGUGCCACCAGUAGCGCAGGCCACAGCAUGGGACAGCACCCCUACACCCUGGCUCCGUCACCCAUGUAUACGCCACGCAUGGCAACACAAAAUAAUAAUGGCCACUUCAACUUCAACAGCAUGCCCUCCUCGGAUAUGCAUCUGGGCACACAACAGCAGCCUCUACCCAGCACAUUCGACAGCUUCCAGACUAUCUCUUCGUCUGCACCGGCCAAUAUCCCUUUGCCAGCGUCACAUCGCCCAAGCUCAGGAGCAUGGACCAUACAAGACGAUCAAAACCUCAUCGCUGCUCGAGCACAAGGGCUGAACUGGUCUCAAAUCAAGGAUGCCUACUUUCCCAUGAAAACCGCCAAUGCCUGCCGAAAGCGACACGAGCGUCUGCAGGAGAGAAGAGACGCUGACGACUGGGACAACCGCAAGCUCCAAAAGCUGGCGAGAGAAUACAUGUCUAUGCGAAAGGAGAUCUGGAGUGGCCUUGCUGCCAAGACGGGCGAGAAGUGGAUGGUCGUUGAGCAAAAGUGUAUGGCGAAUGGCCUCAAGAACCUCCAGAGCGCGGCGAGGGCCGGCGCCAGACAUGAGCGUCUCCAACAGCAGCACGCGGCGGCAACGAACAGCAUGACAGGGUAUGAAAACGACGACAGCGGUGUGAGCGGCAUCAGCGGGUUGACUCCUGUGGAUGAAGUAGACGUCGGAAGCGAGAACUUCAGCAGCGGCAGCAGCAGUAGCCACAGUCCCGACCGGCGCAUCCACCACCAGCAUGCCGCGUCGACGAGCUCAUUACCCUACCUUCAGCAACACCAGGAACAUCACCAUCCUCGUCAUCAGUACCGGCAAGUUGUGAACGCUGGGUUUGCGGGGUAUGGCAUGCAUGGAUACCAGGGACAGCACCGGUACUCGAGCAGUGUGAGCUCGACAGCGAGUGCAGCGCAGGGGUUUGGUGGUAGUGAGGACGAGAGUUCGUACAUGCCAGGUCAACGGCUGCCGAGUGUGGACAUGAACAUUGAGGCGAUUAUCAAUCGACCGAGUAGGGUGUAA